ACCAAAACAGAAAAAAAAUCCAAUUUCGCCAGCAAUCUCCUUCAUACAAAUUGGCCCUUCCCCCUUUCCCUCUAUCAAUAAACUCCGAUCAUCUUUCUUCAGCAUCGAUUCAUCGCUCUGCAAUUUCAGUGCAAGUAGAUUGUAAUUUUUAAUCGCCCGGCAAAGCUUCGAUCCGCCACCAUCGUCGGGCUACCCGUGAAGAAAUGGGCCAGAUCCAGUAUUCUGAGAAGUACUUCGAUGACACCUUCGAGUACAGGCAUGUUGUUCUCCCUCAAGAUGUGGCAAAGCUCCUUCCUAAGAAUCGGCUUCUCUCUGAAACCGAAUGGAGAGCUCUAGGGGUUCAGCAGAGCCGGGGUUGGGUGCAUUAUGCUAUUCAUCGACCAGAGCCGCACAUCAUGCUCUUCCGUAGGCCGCUCAACUAUCAACAACAACAAGAGAGUCAGUCUCAGCAAAGCAUGGUUGCCCAUUGAAUUGCUGUAGCUAUGCGUUUUACGCUCCCCGAUGACAUUUGUUUUGUAAGCGAUGUUGCGAACUUGUGUUGUCCAGUACUUCACUGAAAUGUGUGGAUGUGUAUGAGACUUGUUUCUUUUGCCUUUCAUGUAAUGACUCUUUAUGCUGUUUUGUGUGUCUCUUGAGGUGUGUGUGGCUAACAAAAGAAAUUUGUGUGG